ACGGUUAUUCAAGCGCGGGGGAGGCGACUAGUGUUUAUAUAUGAUGUUCCUUAAUUGUCUAGCUAUUUUCAAAUUGUAAAACAAUGGCGGGAUCUCUGGCAAUUGUACGGACCGAAGACGCACAGGACCCGGUGGACGCCAUUAGCGACCAGUGGGAGAUUCAAUUCGCUCGCUUCUUCGGCUACCCUCCUAUCUCCUCCUCUUGUCCCGGUCUCUCUCCUCUCCUUCUCAAAUCCCGGAAACGUCGUCCCCACGGCACUUGGAUCUCCUCCUCUUCCUCCGCCUUCCUACGACUCGUCAACGAUCACUCCAAUUCCGAUGUCAUCCUCACCGUAUCUUUGAGAGGAAAGAUCCUUGAACAACACUACGUAUCGAAGCUGCACUUCUCCUGGCCUCACGUGUCAUGUGUCUCUGGAUUUCCUGCCAGGGGUACGAGAUCUGUUUUUGUUAGCUACAGGGAUCUUGAGAUCCAAAAGUUUGCUUUGCGAUUUUCAACAACAUAUGAAACAGAGAUAUUCAUAAAUUCUUUGAAGGAGAUCUUGAAUGAUGUCAGCGAUAUUGCACCUUUAAAUAAUGACCUUGGAUCUGAAAUCUUGUCACAAACUGAGUUGGUGUCUUCUAACCGACACUCCAAUAGAGCUUGUGAGGAAUUGAGUUUUAUGCCUCCCGAGCAAACUUAUACUCCACAAAUGUCACCAAGCUUAAACAAUGAAAUGGAGCAGCACUCAUCUAACCUUGAAAAGGAUACUGCAUUUCGUCAUGACUUUGAAGAAACUGUUGCAGCAUUACCGCCCAGCUUUACAUCAUUGCUGACCAACUGUUGCUCUGAAGUGAACCAGGCCCAAUCAACUGUUUGCAAGGAAGCUGAUCUCAAAUCCCAAAUUGUGAUGCUCUAUGUUGCCACUGAUUUAUUGGUACAUGUUGCUUGUUUUGCUGCAGAAAUACAUGGAGGAUUCUGCCUUCCAAGAUAUGUUGAUUACAGUGGAGAAAGUUAUCAGCGAAAUGGGAGGUGAUUUGACCCUGUAGGGCUUUGCAUGUGAUGUCUAGAGCAUAACGCGCCUUUCAUUGAACUCCCCAGCCAUGAGCUGGUGUUUGCCACAAACAGGCUAAAGCUAAACCCUGUUCAUUCUCUGACAGUAUUAGCCUUCUGUUUUCCUUUGUUAUUUUUUUAAAUAUGAUCGUAGAUAACCAAGCAGCUUUGAAUU